CGAGAUAAUUUCUGAGGUUAUGGAUGAGCAGCACACGGCAGCUCCCAUUUUUGAAUCGGACCGGAGGUGGUAGAAAUUGUACUGGUGGUGACUGACGGGGGCGGCAGACAGGGUCAAGGCAGGUAAAGAUUUUGUGGGCUUGCCUUGGGCAGGACUUAUACUUCAUCUAGUAGUAAGGACAGCUAUUUCAGCUAAGGGGCAGUGCCGGCUGUCAAACCUCAUUGAGAUGCGUCGUUAGAUUGCUGGACACUUUCAAUGAAGCCAAGUCAACAACUGGAGGAGAAGCAAGAGGUGUCCCCCUAGCACCAUCUAAAAAGAGAUAAAAAUAAAGACAAGAAAACCAAAACGCCGAUAUCCAUAGUGGGAAAUCUGUUUGAAGGCAUGUUUAGAGAUGCUGCCAGGACUUUUUUCCAGAGCAAUAACCUGUAUGAAGCCCUGCCCAGCGAUGAUUCAGAUUUUGAGUGUAUCGAGUACCCUGAGGUCGAGACACAAAAAUCUACCGGAAAACCUACCGAGGAGCCAUAUGAACCCGUUUUGGUUGGGAACAGUCAGAUUUUAACAAAUGAACACAUCAAGAAGAUUGGCCAACAUUUGCCGCCAAGGGUUGUGGGAUAUCCCAUGAGACUUCUUUACAGCACAGAAAAACACGGUUUCAGUCUGAGGACCAUGUACAGAACCAUGAAUGCUAUCAGCUCACCAGUUCUUCUGGUCAUCAAGGAUAAUGAAGGACAGGUAUUUGGGGUUUUCUCCUCUGCUGAGCUGCAGGCCAGGUCAACUUUCUAUGGAACUGGUGAAACCUUUCUAUUUAGUUUCUCACCAGAGCUCAAGGUGUUCCGGUGGACAGGUGAUAAUACAUUAUUUGUGCGGGGGGACACACAUUCGCUGUCAUUUGGAGGAGGCAGAUGCGGUAAUUUUGGUCUAUGGCUGGAUGAAGAUUUGUAUCACGGAAGAAGCCAGAGGUGUGAAACAUUUAACAAUGACAUACUGUCCACCAGUGAGCAGUUCCACAUCCAUAACCUUGAGGUGUGGGCAUUUACCUGACACUCGGCAGCUGCCUUCUCCGUCCAUAUAUCGUACUAUAUCAUCGUGAGCAGUAUUACAGGAAUUUAGCUGGUCAAAACAUUGUAGUGUGAAAAUAACUCAAAAUUCAGUUUAAACAGCGAAUUUAAACAUCAACAAAA